AUGGCCUCCUCUAAUAAAGACAAUUCGAUCGAAUAUGAUAAACAAAUGUAUAAAAAACCGGAAAGACCUAAAAAUCAUCUAGCUGGACGUUUGAAUAAAUUUCAAGAAACUAUUAAUCAAACUCAAGCUCCAUCCGCUCCAGUGAUACAAUCGAUCCACGAUCAACAUGAAAUACCUGCGAAUGUAAUGAAUGAAAUCAAACAUGUUUUUCAAUUGAUUAAAGACAAUGGAUUACAGGGUGAUUACGCAGUGCAAAUCAAAUUUGGUGAAUUUAUACCAAUAUUCGGAAAUACUCAAGUCAAUAAAUUAGUCGAAAUUUUAGCGGUCGCACGUCAGCAUGGUUUUAUUAAUUAUAGUGGAAAUGAUCUCUUGCAACAAGAUCAAGACGAAGAAGUUUAUCUGAAAUUAAUCAAGACACCAUAUUAA